GGUGCCGUGUCCCCGCCCGGCGGCCCCGGGGGAGGUGCCGGCCGGGCCGAGCAGCCACACGCCACGCCGGCUCGGCCGAGGGCUGUGGCCGCUGGGCUGAAUAAUGUUUCCAACAUGUCUGUGCAGUCACUGCUUUGUGAAAGAAUUGCUGUUGCCAAAGAUUUGAUCAAGAGAGCAGAAGCCCUUUCCAAGUCCCAGAAAAGGAGAAUAGAAGGUGGGGCAAAACUAUGUAGCAAACUGAAGGCUGAGCUAAACUUCUUACACAAGGUGGAGGCAGGGAAAGUGGCCAUUAAAGAGUCCCAUCUGCAGAGUACAAAUCUUACCCACCUCCAAGCCAUUAUUCAGUCAGCAGAGAAUCUGGAGGAUGUUGUCAGUGUCCUCCAUGUCUUUGCUUAUGAGGACAGGUUUGGAGACAAACAGACCCUGGUGGUAGAUGUUGUUGCAAACGGAGGUCACACAUGGGUGAAGGCCAUCGGUCGGAAAGCUGAGGCCCUGCAUAACAUCUGGCUGGGGAGAGGCCAGUAUGGUGACAAAAGUGUCAUUGAGCAGGCAGAGGACUUCCUGCAAGCAAGCCGUCAGCAGCCAGUGGAGUACAGCAAUCCCCACAUCAUCUUUGCGUUCUACAACAGUGUGUCCAGUCCUAUGGCAGAGAGACUCAAGGAGAUGGGAAUAUCUGUGAGAGGAGAUGUUGUUGCUGUGAACUCACUGGUGGAGCCAUCUGCAGGCAGCGAGCACCCUAGCGCCAGUGAAUCAGAUGAAGAAGGCCCUGAACUCCUGCAGGUAACCAGAGUGGACCGGGAGAAUUUAGUGGCCAGCAUAGCUUUUCCUACUCAGAUCAAAGUAAAUGUCUGCAAUAGAGUUAACUUGGACAUCACUACCUUAAUAACCUAUGUCUCUGCUCUGAGCUAUGGAGGCUGCUACUUUGUCUUCAAAGAAAAAGUGCUGACAGAGCAAGCAGCCCAAGAAAGGAAGGAGAGAGUGCUGCCUCAGCUGGAGGAGUUCAUGGAGGGAAAAGAGCUCUUUGCCUGUGAAUCUGCUGUCAGAGAUUUUCAGUCCAUCUUGGAAACGCUGGGAGGACCUGGGGAGAAAGAGCGAGCUGCAUUGCUUGUUAAAAGGAUUACCGUGGUGCCAGAUCAGCCAUCUGAGCGUGCCUUAGGACUAGUGGCUAGUUCAAAAAUCAACAGCCGUUCUCUAACCAUUUUUGGGACAGGAGACACUUUGAAAGCCAUCACCAUGACCGCAAAUAGUGGGUUUGUGAGGGCAGCGGCAAACCAAGGCGUCAGGUUCAGCGUUUUUGUCCAUCAGCCACGAGCACUGACAGAAAGCAAAGAAUCUGCUGCCACACCUUUACCAAAGAGCUGCCCAUCUGAUAAUGGACUAUAAGUCAUUAAAUGAGUUAGUCAUGGAAAUACUGUAGGUGCUGCAGUGGAGGCUUUUUGAGAAACAGAAGAAUCAUAGCAUAGUUUUGGGUGUGUAUCAGUGAUGACAGUAAAUGUAGCAGUGGAAGAACUCCUCGAGGGAUUUGCAAUAUCUUCACUCAUUCCUUGGGGGUUUUUUGUUCAGCUGACCAUUAAUUUAUUCACUAAAGUAAUAAGAUGUCAAUGAAAAUUGUUAACUGGCUUACAGUGUAUUAAUUGUAUCCAUCCCUAUUAAAAAGUUCAGUUAAAGCACAGUUACUGUUGUGCCCUUGUCAUUUUUGUCCUCUACAGAGAGGUAAGAUCCAUCAUAGAUGAACUUUGGGCUUGACUUCUGUGGAACUUAAAUAUUGCUUUCACCUA